CACGAUCUGCUUCGGGGCAGCCUUGCUCUGCGACGUCCCGCUGGGAACGGUUACGUUGUGACCCACGAGCUCGCCUGAGGUUGAAGCUCGUUUCUGAUUGGCUAGACGUCCCUGUCGGCUGAGGGCACGCCGACAGUUUUGAAGGCCGGUUGUGAUUGGUUUGUCAUAUGCAUGGCACUUGGGUGCGCUGCAUGGCUGAGCGCUCGCCGAAGAGUUUGAAAACCGUUUCUGAUUGGCUUCCUGUAUGCAGGACUUGAUCACGUGCGUUCCUAAACGUCUGGGUUGGAAGUCUUAUAAGAUCCACCCGGCGCUUCCUCCCAUUUUCACCUUUCCCUUCUCCUCGCUCAGCGCUCGCGCGGCCUCGAUCGAUAUGAAUCCGAUGCAAGACUCCCUCUGGCAUGGGGAGUCGACCGGACCGAACCGUUCCCUCCAACCUAUUUUGCCUACUUCUACAACAAUGGCGAAUGCUCGAAUUGAGGAAUAUGCAUCCUCCGCUGCGGUAUUUGGCCCUAACGCACCCGGACCAACGACCCGCGACGCUAUAGUCCCUCGACGGCCUAGACGGGGAGGUCGCCGCAGGAAGGAUGUGGUUCGCAAACCUCCAUACGCUCUCAUAGACCCGGCGACUCGGCGUCAGAAUACUGCGGUGGUGAGGCAACUAGGAGCCUGUCUCCGCUGCCACCAGAAGAAGAUUCCCUGUCACGUUAAUCCCCUGGACGUGUUUGGACGCUGCCUCACGUGUGCGUUCCCUGAUAUCCAGUGUCUGCGUCCAGGGGUUGACAAGAGAGCUUCAUUGUUGAUCCCUCAGCCCAUGCUUGAUAAGCAAGAUGCCUACGUAGCGGCAGUUGAAACAUUUGACCUGCGCAAUUUCCGAAGUAGAAAAUGGAGGGUUAAGUUGAAGAAGAGUGACGGCAGAGAAUAUUUCCGGGACCAGUUCACGCAGGACACACUCAUUCGAAUGGCCAUGGCUUACGAGUUGGUAAAUUCAGACAAUAUCACAAGGGGAGCUAUUACUCUUGCAUAUGAAUACGCAUACAACCAACAGGCAAAUAAAGAGGGCAGCCUCUUCAAGCUCGUCCUUUAUAUUUGGCUUGUAGUCCGGGGCCCCAGAGACUCCUUUGCCUUGUCAGAUUAUGAUGCGCUUGGCCUGGUGGCUCAACUAAACGAGCUGUUAACGGUGAAUGAUGCGCAAAGUAUCUCGGCUUUCUAUCUAGCACUUUUCGUGCUUUUGCAACCUUUCCAAGAGUCAAGAUGGAUGGGCCGGUACUAUUGGUCGGCCCUUGUACCUGUCUUUGAAACAUGCCGGACACUCAAGAGUGGGCCAAGCUCACACUUGCGAAUACAGGAUUUGGCUGAUAUGUUGCGGUCUCAGCUACACGGGUUUUUGCAGCUUUACAUGGAAUAGCUUAACUUGGAAAAGCUUGACAUGGAAGAGCUUGACAUGGAAUGACGUACGACGCAGAGACUACAUUCC